UCACAGUAGAUACGCGAGCGAGGGUGAAGCGGGAAUUUAGCAAUCGGCGGGCAGCCGCUGGCUUGGCUUGGUUUGUUAUUGGUUAUCGGCGCAGCGACGUGGACCAAUAUUCAAAGCUUCAUUUUUUUAUGUUUUCAUUAGGGUGUUAGAAUGUGUGGUUGCACCAGGAUCCUCCGAGCAUGCAAGCCGCUGCCCCAGUCAUGGCACUUGCGGCUCUACAGCUCAUCUGCCACUCCCCCCACCAUCCAGGGAGUGCCAUAUAACAAACUCACUGUUGGCAUACCUAAAGAAAUUUGGAAUGAAGAAAGAAGGGUGGCUGUAGUACCAGCGGUAGUUAGCAAAUUAGUAAAAAAAGGUUUUAGUGUUAAUGUCGAGGAGAAUGCUGGGUUUUCAGCCAACUUCAACAAUAAGUUAUAUGAGGAGGCUGGUGCCAAAAUUACCUCUACAAAGGAUACAUUCCAACAAUCUGAUAUUGUUCUAAAAGUCCGUCCACUUUUAGAUAAUGAACUCCCAAAUGUAAGGGAUGAAAGUACUUUAAUAUCAUUCUUAUACCCUGCACAAAAUCAAGACUUAAUCAAAAAACUUGCUGGCAAGAGGAUUAAUGCGUUUGCGAUGGACUGCGUGCCGCGCAUCAGCCGCGCGCAGGCGUUCGACGCGCUGAGCUCCAUGGCCAACGUGGCCGGGUACCGAGCCGUCAUCGAGGCCGCCGCCAACUUCCCCAGGUUUUUCUCUGGUCAGAUGACGGCGGCGGGACGGGUGCCGCCGUGCCGCGUGCUGGUAGUGGGCGGCGGCGUGGCGGGGCUGGCGGCGGCCGCGCAGGCGCGCUGUAUGGGCGCCGCCGUGCGCGCCUUCGACACGCGCCCCGCCGUGCGCGAGCAGAUCGAGAGCCUCGGCGCGCAGUUUAUAACUAUGGAUGUUAAGGAGGAUGGCUCAGGAGAAGGUGGCUACGCCAAGGAGAUGAGUGAAGAGUUCCUUAACGCCGAGAGAGCUCUGUUAGGAAAGGAAGCGAGGACUUCUGAUGUCGUUAUAACUACUGCUCUCAUACCCGGCAAGCCAGCGCCCCUGCUCAUUUUGGAGGACGCGGUCCGCGACAUGACAGCGGGCAGCGUGAUCGUGGACCUGGCGGCGGAGAUGGGCGGCAACGUGCAGACCACCAAGAAGGGCGUCGUCACCACCGUGCACGGAGUCACGCACAUAGGGCUCACAGACAUGCCGAGCAGGAUGCCGGCGCAUGCGUCCACGCUCUACGCUAACAAUAUCUCUGGACUGCUUCUUAGUAUGGGCACAAACGACCACUUCCACAUCGACCUGGAGGACGAGGUGACGCGCGGCGCCAUCGUGCUGAAGGCGGGCGAGCUGCUGUGGCCGGCGCCGCCGCCGCCGAGCAUGGCCGCCGUCACGGCCGCGCCCGCCGCCGCCGCCGCGCCUGCCAAGCCCGAACCGCCCAAUCCUUUCAAUGACACUCUCAAGGACUCUUUCUUGUAUUCCACAGGGCUGGCGUCGCUAAUUGGCUUGGGCAUGGCAUCGCCCAACCCUGCAUUCACAACCAUGACAACGACACUCGCUCUAUCAGGCGUGGUGGGGUACCACACGGUGUGGGGCGUGGUGCCCGCGCUGCACUCGCCGCUCAUGUCCGUCACCAACGCCGUGUCGGGCAUCACAGCCGUCGGCGGGCUGCUGCUGAUGGGCGGCGGCUACGUCCCCGAGACUCCGGUGCAGUGGUUAGCGAGCACGGCCGCUCUCAUCUCGUUUGUAAACGUGUUUGGUGGAUUCUUGGUCACCCAGCGCAUGCUUGACAUGUUUAAAAGACCCGGUGACCCCCCAGAAUAUGGAUACCUAUACUCCAUCCCAGCAGCGGCCUUACUUGGAGGCUACCUAGUUACAGCUAUGCAGGGCUACCCCGAAGUUCACCAAAUGGCGUACUUGGCGUCCUCGCUGUGCUGCGUGGGCGCGCUGGCUGGGCUCAGCUCGCAGACCACGGCGCGCAAGGGCAACUAUCUCGGAAUGAUUGGCGUCGCGGGGGGCAUUGCGGCGACGUUAGGCGCUCUGACGCCUAGUGCCGAGGUGCUGGCGCAAAUGUUGGGAGUCGCCGGCGUCGGUGGCUUGCUAGGAAGCACAAUCGCCAAGAAAAUCGACAUUACGGACCUACCCCAACUCGUUGCCGGUUUCCACAGCUUGGUGGGCAUGGCCGCCGUGCUGACGUGCCUGGCGACAUACAUGCACGACUUCCCGGCCAUGGCGCUCGACCCCACCGCCGCCACGCUCAAGACCUCGCUGUUCCUAGGAACCUACAUCGGUGGAAUUACUUUCACCGGUUCGCUAGUAGCGUACGGCAAGCUGCAGGGGUCGCUGUCGUCGGCGCCGCUGCUGCUGCCGGGCCGGCACGCCAUCAACGCGGGGCUGCUGGCGGGCUCGCUGGGCUGCGGCGGCGCGCUGCUCGCGCUGCCCGACGUGCCCGGCCUGCCGCUGCUGUCCGCCGCCGCCGUGCUCAGCGGCAUACAGGGGCUCACGCUCACGGCUGCUAUCGGAGGAGCCGACAUGCCGGUGGUGAUCACAGUCUUGAACAGCUACUCGGGCUGGGCGCUGUGCGCGGAGGGCUUCAUGCUCAACAACUCGCUCAUGACCAUCGUGGGCGCCCUCAUCGGCAGCUCCGGCGCCAUCCUCUCCUACAUCAUGUGCAAGGCGAUGAACCGGUCGCUGCCCAACGUGAUCCUGGGCGGGUACGGCGUGACGAGCAGCGGGUCGGCGCGGCCGGCGGGCGCCACGCACACCGAGCUCAACGUCGACUCCGUCGCCGACCUCAUCACCCGCGCCUCCAACAUCAUCAUCACACCCGGUUACGGUCUGUGCGUCGCUAAAGCACAGUACCCAAUCGCUGAGUUGGUGGACAUGCUAAAGAAACAAGGCAAGAGAGUGCGUUUCGCGAUCCACCCCGUUGCAGGUCGCAUGCCGGGACAACUGAACGUGCUGCUGGCGGAGGCUGGCGUGCCCUACGACGACGUGCUGGAGAUGGAUGAGAUCAACGACGACUUCCCCGACACUGACCUAGUGCUGGUUAUUGGUGCCAACGAUACUGUGAACAGUGCUGCCGAGACCGACCCCAACUCUCCCAUCGCCGGAAUGCCUGUACUGAAAGUGUGGAAAUCCCAACAGGUGGUAGUUAUGAAACGAUCCAUGGGAGUUGGAUAUGCCGCAGUGGACAACCCGAUCUUCUACAAUCCUAACACGGCCAUGUUGCUGGGCGACGCAAAGAAGACCUGCGACGCCCUUCUGGAGAGGGUCAAGCAUCUCACCGCUUGAGCUCCAUUACAUCGAUCGAAAGUGGACUAUUACUAUAACUACACCGUAGUAAUUGGGGAUGAGAUCUUUACUACUUAAACGAAUAAGGCUGCGACUACUAUGUGGGACUGAUUUUAUAUUAAUGAAAUGUAUGUACUUGUUGUUAUUUAAUUAAUGGGUUCGACAAACACUUCUAACUAUGAAAUAUUGUUUACAUACUUAUACCAAGCGAUUUAACAUCAGUCUAACAAUAAUACAAUAAAUCAAUAAUUAAACAUGUAUAAUGUUGUAACUUUAAUCUAUUUAUCUAGUCUAUUCUAAAAAUAAUUGGUUGCCAUAAAAAUUAUAUUCUUAGUCUUUCAUUUAAUUAUUGAUAUUUACAGAUUUGUUAAUUUCUUUACAAAUGACAGAAAUCCAGUCAAUCUUUUUUUUAUUUUUCUGUAUUAUAAACGAAUUCAUUUUGUUGAUAUUUUUUAUAAACAUGAAUGUAUGAAUUUAUUAGCAUAACUCUGUGGAUGGUUUAUAAUCAUUGUUAAUGUUACCAGUGUAUCCUCCCUUCACAUUCCAUUAUAUACUAUUGCUAUUUUACUUGGAAAUUAUGGGCGUAUUAUGGAAUUUGUUUACUUCGUCGUCGUUUAUCGCAUCUGUUGUCGUCGUCAGAUAGAGACGCACGCUUUGCAAUAAACUGGGCCCGUACAUCCGCAUAAAUAAAGCGUGCAUUUAAAAUAUGGAUAGUUAUACUAUAAAUAGUUUUUUAAGUGAUUUUUUCAACUUUUAUUAUAUUUUUACCUUCUACCCUAAGUGCCAUUAUUAUUGAGAUUCAUUGCGGUAUUUGCGCAAAUAUGACUUCGUCACUAACGUUUGUGAUAUUAAUGAAAGUGAAUAAUGAAGCUUUUGGCGUGGUACCGACAUACUUUAUAUCGGAAAUAUCUGGUUGUAUCUGGCAACCAUUAAUUGGUGAGAUGGCGUAUUUGAACUUUAUAACUUUUGAAGUGAUUUGAAGUAAGUUAAAAUAACAAUUGCCCUAUACUAUAAACUGAAAUAUCACACUCUACUAGAUAGCUUGAUGUUUAACAACAGGCAACAAUUCAACUCAUCAUCAAUGUAAUAGUUAACUUGCUAGAUGCUAGUACUUAAGAACUUGCUGUUAGUUCUAAACUAUGUCUGUACCUAAUUAUGUUCUUAUUGCAACUUUUUUUAAAGCAAUUAAUAAACAAUUUAAAAAUA